ACCAGCAGCCUGAGCAGGAGCUGGAAGAAGGGAAGUUUUGUGUUCUUCACACUGCAGGGAAAACCUCUUUGCACAAACUCUGCUCACAGGUUAUUAACAACUUGCAGCAAGUCAUCACUUCAGCCUAAAGGUUUGUGGAAGAAAUAAGCAAUACAUGAAACUGGACAAAAUUAAAUGCUACAUCAGGAUCCUGAUGAAUGAUAUACGGGGAGACAUAGAAGAUGGUGAAUUUCACAGAGAAUGCAACUGAGAAGUGCACUAUUAAUCAUGAUAUCCACCAGACAUUAUCCCCUGUGGUAUACAUAUUUGUAUUUGUAUUAGGCCUGCCAGCUAACUGCCUGUCACUCUACUAUGGGUAUUUACAGAUCAAGGCUAAAAACGAAUUGGGUAUCUACCUUUGCAAUUUGACUGUAGCAGACCUGCUCUAUAUCUUUUCUUUGCCUUUUUGGCUUCAGUAUGUUUUACAGCAUGACAAUUGGACCUACGAUGAGCUGCUGUGCAAAAUUUGUGGCAUCCUCUUGUAUGAGAAUAUCUAUAUCAGUGUGGGCUUCCUCUGCUGCAUCUCCAUCGACCGCUAUCUCGCAGUAGUGCACCCUUUUCGAUUUCAAUGCUUUCGGACAAUGAAGGCUGCUGUGAUUGUAAGCAUCGUUAUCUGGACCAAAGAAAUAAUGGCGUGCUGCUUUGUCUUUACGCACGGGGAGACCAGUAUGGAUGCUGACAGCCACGUGGUUUGUUUCGAGCAUUACCCCAUCAAAGAAUGGGAGCACAAUCUCAAUUACUACCGCUUCUCUGCUGGCUUCCUUUUCCCCUUCUUUCUGCUGGCCUUCUCUUACUGUGGGAUUUUACGAGUUGUCCACAAGAGUCAUGGCACUCAAAAGAAGAAGAAAAUCCAAAUUAAACGACUGGUUUCAAGCACUGUUUUCAUUUUUUUAGUUUGCUUUGCACCAUACCACAUCCUACUUGUGGUUCGCAGCUUGCUGGAGAACAACUGUUCGUUUGCUGUGAAAAUAUUUAAUAUUUACCACGUUUCUCUCCUGUUGACUACUUUUAACUGUGUUGCUGAUCCAGUAUUGUACUGUUUUUCCAGUGAAAGCACUUACCAGAACUUUGCCAAGAUGCGAGACUCUUGUUUAAGAUGUUUAAGGUGUCUGAGGACUGAGACAAAGGAAUCAUAUCCACUGAAUGUUCCAGAAACUUCUAACAGGCCACAGCAUGAGCAUGAGCAACAACCAGGGUUAUUACAAAUAUCACAUGGUAGUACUGGAAUGAAGGACUCCGCCACAACUUACAUGGGCAACCUAUAG